AUGUCAAUGAGUGAUUAUGACCAACACUUUGAUCCAGACGAUUUUCCAUACCAACUCAGAAGUACAUCAACUUAUACGCCAAUAACUGAACAGGAUAGUAAAUUGAAGCAUGAACUCUUAUCAAAACUCUCGGAGACUUUGGCGGCAUGGAAUGCGCUUCACGAAAAUAUACAUUUCGAUCCAUUGCCGAUGAUAAUUCAGUAAUUUUAUAUUAUUUUUCCCACUUUAAAUAAGAUUUUUCUAUUUCAGAAUCGCUGAACUUAUCGAAAAAGGAACUGAAGAAUUUUUGAAAAGAGAUCCAGAUCCGCUGGAUGAUAGACAUCCUCAUAGAACACAUCCUGAGUCAGCUUUUGGAAAUCUUCUCAAAAUAUUGUUCAGAAAUGAUGAUUUUAUGAACAAACUUGUGAUUUCAUAUAUCCUUGGCAGAGAUAACAUCGAAUUAAGUAUUCAAUCCUGUCGAGUUUUAUUGGGAUGUGUUCCAGGUCUUGAUUCAAAUGUUGUAUUUUCUGUGAGUAUUUGAUAUCUCUCAAAGUAAAAAAUGCUCAUAAUAAAAUAUUUCAGGAACCGGAUGAUUUUGUUCCUCGUCUUUACGUUUGGGCAAAAGAUAGUUCAAAUGAAACCCUUCAAGCAUAUUCAAUGGGACUGUUAGCAGCAGUUUUGGAAGUUCCUGAUAAUGUAACAAAAUAUCGAAGUGAUAAUAUUGUUUUGGUUCCAAUUGCAUUGCGAAGAUUGAAAGAGUUGAAAGAGAAAAUGGAAGAAGAAAGAAGCUCGAAAUCGUAUCCGUAUACAAGUUUUGCACAUUUAGUAGAUGAAGAGAGCAGUAAUAGUAAUGAAGCUUCAACAAGUACAGAGGAAGUGAAAAAGAAACCAAGAAGUGUGAUAAAAACAAGUGAUGAACCACCGAAAAAACGAAGAAAAACCUCGUCGAAAAAUGGAUUAUCACAAACUCGCAUUCCAUCAUUGAGCAAUUUAUGCUCGUUGGAAAAUAGUAAUAGCAAAUGGGAUAUUUGUCAACCAUAUUUGAUUGGAACACAUAAAGUUUAUCCGCUGUCUUUGGAAAUGUAUCAGAGACUUAUUUUGCAAUAUUUAGGACCAACUGGAGAAUAUCAAGAUGUAGGUAUUUCUGGAAAAUUAAAAAGUUUUUUUUUCAAUUUAUAAAAAAUUGAAUUUCAAAAGUUCCCAAUUUUUCCAGCUCUUGAGUAUGACUUAUGAAGGAAAUGCAUUAGAUUUGAUUCUCUAUUACAUCGAUUUGGAUAAAUCUUUAGAUGUUCGAUUGACAUUUGACACACUCAAAUAUUUGACAUGCUUAUUGGUUCAUCGAAAAUUUGCUCUCGAAUUUGUUGGAUGUGGUGGAGUGCAAUUAUUAUUGAAAACAAAACGAGAAUCACUGGCGACUGUUGGAGUUAUCACCGCAUUGUAUUAUAUCGCUUAUAAUAAUGAUGUUAUGGAGGCGGUUUGUCAAUUGGGUGACAAAAUCAUGGAUGAGCUUGUUGAGUGCGUUUUUGAAGGGUUUUUAUGAUCCUUAAUUUUUGAAAGAAUUAAAAUUUUAUUUUGAAAUUUAGCUUGAUUUUUGUUCAUUCUUCAAAAAAUUGUUUUCGGGUUUUUGAAAGCAAAUAUUAAAAUUAAAAAAAAAUCAAUAUUUAUUUCAGUUUCUGUUUAUGGUGCCUUGAACAUUGUCAUGAAAAUGGUCGUUCGAGCGCCGCCAUGUUUUUCACGCACGCACUUUAUUAUAAAGCAAUCUUGGAGCGAUUUGAUAGAAUGGAUGGACCCAGAAAAUUGUAUAAUUAUGUAGGUUUUUGGAACUCUUCAUUUCCGAGUCAGAAAUUCUAACUAACAUAAUUUCAGCUAGCAACUCUUUCGAUGUUACAAGAUGUUGCCUCGAAACACAGUUUCGAUUUAUCGGAAGAACAAGUUUAUACAAGCACCCAAUGUAUUCGAAACGCUACAAAUACAUUUCGAACUUAUGUAGCUGCACAUCUUUAUUGCAAGCUAGAAUCAAUCCGAAAAACAGUUGGCACAAAACUUGGAGGUCUUCAAUUUCCCCAUGCUCUUCUCACUGAUAUUCCAGCUGAUAAAUCAAUGAAACAACUUGAAGAAUAUACUUGGGAAUGUCAAAAAGUAUUAUGCGAUGUUAUUCGAUUGUCCAAUGCUUCAUGGAGACCAAUUGAAGAGUUGAGAAAACUUGGAGUUAUUAAAACUAUGCUCGCUAUUCAUAUUUUGAGUCCUGACUGGAAUAUGACAAAUCGAUCGGAAAUGACUGGAGCUGCGAUAGAAGUCAUUUCGGUUUGUUGUUGUUUGCCGAAAGUACAAUUAGAAUUAGUGGAAACACAUACACAUGUGCAUACAACAGCUGAUGGAUUAUCGUGGGUUUUUUUGGGGGAAAAGUUUAAAAAUUCUUGAACAAUUUCCAGAGUUCUUCUUCAAACUGGUAGAGGUAUCCAACCUGAGGAAACUGCGGCGGUUCGAAUUUGUGCUCUUAAAGUGAUGAUUUUAUGCUUGAACGUGGAUAAGGAGAUUUAUAAGGUAAUUUUUAUUGAAACUUUCAUAUUAUUUUUUCUUACCCAAAACUAGAAAACCUCGAAAUCUUUUCCAGAAACUAGAUCAUGCAAGACAUCGUUCAACCGACGAUAAAAAAGACAAUUCUUCCAAAAAAUCGACUCGAAAUUCGUGCUCACCAGCUCGAAUUCAUUUGGAAACAAUGUGGAGUGCAUCACGAAAACAAGAUGCAAUUUUGAUGUUAAUUGAUGUUUUGCAUACUCGAACUCCGACAACAGAUGCUGAUUUAAUUCGAACUCAUGCUUGUACUGCUUUGGCUGGAUUAGCGAGAUGUGAAGAAGUUCGACAAUUGUUAUCCAAAAUGCCAUUGGUGGCUAAUAAUGAGUUGCAAGGUGAGCAUUUCAAGUUUAAAAAAACAAUGAAAUGAAAUACGUGGAUUGUUGAAGUUCACGUUGAAAAGUAUUUAGAAUUUUUUUAAUUUUUAUGGUUUAAAUUUGAAAACUUCUUCAAAGUCAGCUUGAAUUCUCUUCUCCAAACUUAAUAAAAAAUUUCAAAAGUUGGAAAUUCACCUUGAAAUUUUCCUAGAAUAAAAUUAGAAUAAGAAAUUCAUUAAAUUUCAUAAAAUCCAGAUUUUUCUAUCGAAUAUUGCAGCUCUGAUGCGCGAACCAGUUGCGGAAGACAAAAAAGCCGAACAUCAAAUGUUUUGCCGCGAAGUGACAGCUCUUCUCGAAAUUGUCAGCGGUAAAACAAUGCACGAUCAAGUCAAAGAUUUAACACAGGAAAAAUUGCACAAACAAUGGAUUGUCGAAAAUACAAAGAUUAAUUUCAAUGAGAAAGAAUUGUUGCAAUUAAUGAUUCAAUAUUUGAAUCAAAGCGGAUAUCAAGAAUCAGCACAAAUGUUGAAAAGAGAAGCAGAUUUGCCAGAUUUUCCUGGAACGAGAGCAAAUAAUAAUGGAAUUCCGGCGACUCCUAUUAAAAGUUCGGAAACAUUGCUGGAACCAUCUACAUCAACAUCAACAUCGGCUAAAAAAUCUUCAAAACCACCAGUUUUUUCGUCGCCAAUUGCUAGAUCUUCUUCGAUGGAAAAUGAUGAUGUUUUUGCAACUCCGACGAGUGUUGUUAGAUCGAGAACAUCAGCGAAUAGUGAGUUUAAAAAUAAAUUGAAUGUUUUCUGUAAAAUCUUGAAAAUUUUCAAAAUUUCAUUCAAAAAAGUCCGGAAAAAUUCAAUUGCCAAUUCUUAUUUUUUUCCAGAAGCAGUCUUGAGUUUCCCAAAGAAAUAUCUCCAAAGUCCAAUGAAGCCCCAAAAAUCAUAUCCAUUUUCUGGAAACGAAACAAAACCAUAUCGAUCAUUGGAUGGAAUUAUCUCUGAAUAUUUGAGAACUCAACAUUCUCGUUGCAAAAAUCCAGUCACAACAUGUCCUCCAUUUUCCCUUUAUUAUCCACAUCGUUGUCCAGAUUUAAACACAUCAGGAAUGGUUUCAACAAAUAUUGCAAGACGACAAAUGGACAAAGAUAUUCUUAAUCCAAAUAAACGAAUUGUAUCAAAUUGGCUUGAUGAACGAUUCAUUUUUAGUCGUUUUAGACCAAUUAAAACAAUUAACGAACACGAUGAAACUUAUACAACUUGCUCAUUUUCAAUUGAUGAUGAACAUGUUAUAUUAGGCUUAUUUUCUGGAGAUGUUCAUUGGAUUAAUAUUGAAAGUGGAGCUGAUGAAAGUGUUACAAAUUGUCAUAAUAGUUCGAUAACUCAUAUUGAACCAUCUGAAGAUGGAACUAUGUUACUUACUUCAUCUGCUUUUGUUAGACCACUUUCUGCACUUUGGAGACUUGGACAUGCUAUGGAAUUACUUCAUAUUUUUAAUGAAGAUUCAACGGUCAAAUUUUCGAAUUCGAGUUUGGAUAGGAUUAUUGGAACAUUCUCCACUAAAGCUACACUUUAUGAUACAGAAUCGAAACAUGCUUUGAAUAGUUUCAAAUGUGGUGAUUUUGAUGAACCGAGACAUACCAAAAAUAUUGCUAGUUUAUCGCCUUGUGAUCGAUUGGUUUUUAAUGAUGGAGUUUUGUGGGAUGUUAGAACUUCUGGACAACCUUUGCAUGUUUUUGAUAUAUUGAAAGAGAAGACUUUUAAUGGAUGUUUUCAUCCGCAUGGAAAUCAAGUUAUUAUUAAUACCGAAGUUGUGAGUUUUUUGUUGGAAGGGGAAAAAUAAAUAUUCUCAUGGCUUGGAAGAGUUGUAUUUUUUGAAAGUCACGAGAAAACUUUUGGAAAACUAAGUUCUAACACCUUUUUUUUUUAAAUGAAGCCUCCAAAAAGUGGAAUUUUUCAUAAAAUACUAUUCUAACCUUCUUUUUACAGUUUGACAUUCGAAAUUAUCGACUUUUACACCAUGUUCCGGCUCUCGAUCAAUGCAAAAUCGUAUUCAAUUCAACUGGAAAUAUGAUGAUUGCUUCAAUGUGUCAAGAUCCAGAUGCAGAACAAAAUCUUGAUACAAUUGGUUCAACAUCAUUCAGAACUUUUGACACAUCGGAUUAUUCAGUUAUUACAACUCAUGAUAUGAAAAAACCAAUUCUUGGUUUAUCAACUUCACAUUCUGAUACAAUGGUUUCCGUUGUUGAACAACAUAAACAAUUAGCAUCUGAAUAUAUUGUUGGAUCAGCUUCGCAAUGUAAAAUAUUUUCAAUUGGAAGACAUCGUGUUGCUGGAGAUGAUGAUGGAGAAGAAGAAGAAGAGGAAAAUGAAGAAGAUGAAGAGAAUAAUCGAAGUGAUUCUGAUGAUUCAGUUGGAGUACAUUCAGAUGAAGACGACGAUGGAAGUGACGAUGAAGAUCGAAGUAAUUCAGAUGAAAGUGGCGAAGAUGAUAUGGAUGAUUAUAUUGAUAUGGACGAUGAUAGAAAUAGUUUAAGUGUAUUUGAAGCGCUUGGAAGAUUGGGUGAUUUGGAAGAAAGUGAUGAUGAUUAUGAUGCGGAGAGUCGAAGUAGAAGUAGAAGUUUCUCAACUUCAUUAUCUUCGGAUUCAUCGGAUAGUAGUAGUGGAUGGGAAACUGCGAGUGGUGAGGGAAAUGAUGAAGAAGAACAAGAAGAGGGAGGAGUUCAAUUUGGAAAUAUGGAUCGAUCGAAUAGUGAAGAACCGGAUGAUAGUUAUGAGUAAGUUGUUUAAACUAUUCCUGGGAACAUAGAGAAACUUACCUUUUUCUAGAAAAAAUAUAAUUUCAGAGUUUUCAGUAAUAUCAUUUUCCCUUCCAUUUUUCUGAAAAUAUCGAAAAUAUUCUAUUUUUUUCCAGGCCUGAUCCUCAAAACGACAUUGAUAGUCGAAGUUCGACAGCUCUCAAUCCACAUCUUCGAAGACGUAAUCAAAAUAGUCAAUAA